AAACUUCCGCUUCUUCGCUACACACAUCCUGAUGUUCCAUCGUCGUCACCUCCCCUACCGUGUAAUCUUCCACGACGAGCUCCGUUCCCGCACGCAUCCUCCUCCGGUCAGAAUUGCCCUCCCAACCAACCCCGCGACGCGACCCAUACCAGGCUCCUUCCUCCUCCCUCCCUCCGUCCCCGCGCGCGGCUCCGCCCCUCCCACCGGACAAUCAUUUCGCUUGUGGCUUCCAAGUUCCACCGCAGCAGCCGCCACCGCGCACAUGCCGCCUGCUCCUGUCUCGUAUAGUUUAUAGCCGCGGGCGAGGCGGCGAUGAUCAGGCCGCAGGCCGGGCUGCUGCUGCGGUCGCUGGGAGCGGGAGGAGGCGCGCGCCCCGGCGCCAUGAGGUCGGCCACCUCGCUCCUCCUCGGCGCCGCGCUCGCCACCGCCUUCUUCCUCCUCUACACCUCCCUCUGCCGCGACAUCGGCGGCUCCCCCGGGACGCCGCCGCCGCGGUGGGAGCGGCGGGAGGCCGGUAAGGCCGUCGAGACGGGCGCCGCCGCUGUUGCCGAUCGGGAGGUGCGGGACCUCAACCCCAAGCAACGAGAACAUGUCGCCAGGGAGGAAGAGAGGAGGAAAGUGGAGGUGACGCACAGCGACGGCGACGGCGGCGGCGGACACGGCGCCAGAAAAGAUGAGGAGAACGGCCGGGACAGCGAGCAGGAGCAGCCGCAGCAGAUUGUGAUGCCUUCUGCGACUUCGACUCCUACCGAGCAGCAGCAGCACCAGCAGGAGACCCCGUCCGAGGACGACCUGGCGGACCUGCUCCGGCGAGCGGCGACGUCGGACAAGACGGUGCUGAUGACGGCGAUCAACGAGGCGUGGGCGGCGCCGGGUUCGUUCCUGGACCUGUUCCUGGAGAGCUUCCGCCACGGCGAGGGCACGGGGGACCUGCCGCGGCACCUGCUCAUCGUGGCCAUGGACGGCAAGGCCUUCCAGCGGUGCCUCGCCGUGCACCCCUUCUGCUACUGGUUCCGCGUGGCCGGCAUGGACUUCGCCGGCGAGCAGAAGUACAUGAAGGGCGACUACCUGGAGAUGAUGUGGCGGCGGAACCGGCUCCAGCAGCGCGUCCUGGAGCUCGGCUACAGCUUCCUCUUCACGGACGUGGACAUCCUGUGGUUCCGCUCCCCGUUCCCGCGCCUCCCCGCCGGCGCGCAGGUGGUGAUGUCGUCGGACUUCUUCGUCGGCGACCCGGCCUCCCCGAACAACUACCCCAACGGCGGGCUGCUCUACGUCCGGUCGUCGCCGGCUGCCGUGGCGUUCUACGAGCACUGGCAGGCGUCGCGGGCGCGGUUCCCCGGGAAGCACGAGCAGUACGUGUUCGACAUGAUCGUCAAGGAGGGCGUGCCGGCAACCAUCGGCGCCGCCGUGCGGUUCCUGGACACGGCUGUCUUCGGCGGCUUCUGCCAGCAUGGCAAGGACCUGGGCAAGGUGGCCACAAUGCACGCCAACUGCUGCAUCGGGCUGGAGAACAAGCUCUUCGACCUCAAGAACGUGCUCGACGACUGGAAGGCGUACAGGGCGCGCGUCGCCGCUGGGGACGACGCGCGGGGAUUCUCCUGGAGGGUGCCCGGGAGAUGCAUACACUGAGCUCCUCCCCAUCCUUAGUAGCUAUAUUGUAGCUCACUUUUCUAAUGAGUAGAUAUACAUUUGCAAAUAUGUUUCUUUUUUUUCUGAGACAUUGCUGUGUUCACUUGGCUUGUCAGCCAACCAGCCAACAGUACUGUUCUCUCAUACUAAAUCAGCACCAGCCAUCAGCUACCAACCAGUCA